AUGAUUGAAAAUUUCGAAUCCAAGAUAACCUUCGAAAUACCGUCGAACAUCGACUUUGACAAGCUCAUCCGUGGCAACAACUACACGCUCUUCUGGCAGAACCUGCACCAGCAGCAGCAACAGAUCGGCGGCGCCGGCAGUGCGCUCGGGGCGGCCGGUGCGGCCCGGCUCGGCGGCAUGGCCGACAGCGGAGGGUUUGGGUUCGCCUCGUCCCCAUCGGCCAGUCUGUUCGGGGGUAUCGACUACAGUAACGGCAGCAGCGACUACGGGCUGCUCAACAGUCUGCAAUCGUUCGCCAACCGUGGGGCCGGCCGCGAUGGGCUGGUCGGUUCCGACCAGCUGCUCGACCCGACCUACGAACGGUUCAUCGGCGACGUUUGGGUCGGCAUCGUGCUCACACUGAUGAUCCUUUCGUCCAUUUUCUGCAUGUGCUCCUGCUUCCUGUACCACAAGUUUCGCCAGUGGCAACGAAAUGUGUUGACCGCCCGCUCGCAAACCCUCUCGUCGAUGGACAUCGAAACGCCACCACCGUACGACGUGGAGUCACUGCCCAGCUACACGAUCGUGUCCGGGUUGCCGAGUUAUCAGGACGCCAUCGAGCAGCUGAAGCAGAAGCAGAUGAAGUACUACGAACCGGUCAAGGUGCACCGGCCGAGUGUGAUGAAGCUGUUCGAAUCGCAAGACCUUCUGGCGGCUGCUGCCGGGACGACUCCACCGAAGCUCGAGGAGAUCCGUUACACCUUCGGCCGACCACUGUCAACGAUCGAAACGGAGCCGGCAAGCAGCAGUUGUCAGCAGCCGUCACCGCAACAGCCACAGCCGAUUGUGAGCCUUCCGAUCGAGCAACCUGCGCCGGUGCCACCACCACCGCCAUACAAACGCGAAAUUUCCACCAUUUCCACCGUGAGUUCACCGGCCGCCAUAGGAGUGCUGCCCGAUCAGGCCGGACAUUCGACGGACGUGUCCACCGUGAUCCGCGUGAUGCCGCAGCAGAAGAAGAUCGGGGUGUGCCAUUACGCGAUCGAGAACGAACGCCCGGCCGGAAGAAGUUGAGGCAGUUGGAACGGCAGGAACGCAUCCUUCGCCCUAGUAUAGGCCAGACCCCGCGCUAGGGCUCGAUGCGAGACGAUGGGAGCAUACAAACAAACUGAAAACUCGAUGAUGAUUACAAAUCACUCUGACUGUGUUAUUAAAGAUUAAUUUAUUAGAUAGGAGAGAGGAUCGAGUUUUCGAGAGGAGGCUUAUCAGUGCAGCACACCCGGUUCAUGGUCCCAACUCGUUCGCUAGGCUCGUAUGUAGGCAGUAGUACCCUUUUAAUCGGUAGGUUUUAGCCAGUGAUUGCAAGUUGGACAGUGUUUAGUGGUCGAGCAUCAAGAAACACACAAAAACGCUGGGCUCCAGGCAUUCCGGUAGGCCGGCAGAAUGUUGCUAAGGAAGGAAUAGUUAAGUUUCGGAAGGAAUUGACAGAAGCGAAAGGAUUUUAGCAUUAGCAAAUGAGCGGCCCCUCAAGGUGGGCACCCUAACUCCGUUAGUCGUUUAAGAAUUCUAGUCUAGGUUACUGACGUUCUGACGUUUUGCUCGGGAACCUCCGAACCUCCCGAUCGAAGGGCGGAUGGUUUGGCGAAAGAUUGAAUUGUAUACAUAUUUCCUCCCGUGUGUCCCCUCUGUCGCGGUGUGGUUGAAGCCUGUGAACCCUUCUAGCCAUCG